AUGAGAUUCCGAAAGGGAGAGGAGCUAACCGCCGAGAAGGCUCUCCCUCAUGGCUACCUCGACAGGGUUAAGGACAGAGGAAGAAUAAUACAAGGAUGGGCCCGGCAGGCUAAGAUCCUUAACCAUCCAAGUAUUGGCGGAUUUGUUAGCCAGUGCGGUUGGAAUUCUGCGCUGGAAAGCAUCAAUUUCGGCGUUCUGAUCAUAGCCCUGCCUGGGUUCUUUGAGCAGCCGUUGAACGCGCGGUGUCUGGUUGACUUGGGAGUGGCUGUGGAGAUCAAGAGAGACAGCGGCGGAAAGCUCCGGCGGGACGAGAUGGCCCGCGUUGUGGGAGAGGUGAUGGGUGCAGGGAAACGUGGGGAGACACUGAAGAGGAAUAUGAAGAAGAUGAGUGAGGAUUUGAAAUUAAGGAGGGAGGAAGAGAUAGAUGCAGCUGUUCAAGAGUUGGAAAAACUCUGCAAUUAA